CUCUUCACUGCUCCAUAUUCUUCAAUUGUAUGGUACUCUCAAACCCAUUUAUGGCCACGAGUCCGAAGAUAAGUAUCGGAAUCGGCGCCUUUCCAACUCCGCUUCACCACCGAUUCACCGCCAUGACUACCGCAGCCGCCGCUCUCUCUCUUCUCCCUCCUCCUCACUACUCUCACUCUCUUAUACUUCUUAAACGAAACGGCACCGUUUUCUCCAAUUUCGGACGUGCGCUCCCUCUCAACUCGGCUACUCAUUCUACUUCAGCUCUCCGAGUCAAAGCUUCUUCCGCCGAGUCGCCGCCUUCUUCAGCCAAAGGAGUUGAGAAUGUGGUGAUUAUAGGUUCAGGACCUGCUGGUUACACAGCAGCAAUAUAUGCCGCGCGUGCCAAUUUGAAGCCUGUAGUCUUUGAAGGUUAUCAGAUGGGUGGUGUCCCUGGUGGACAGUUGAUGACUACUACUGAAGUUGAGAAUUUUCCAGGUUUUCCAGAUGGAAUUACUGGUCCAGAUUUAAUGGAUAGGAUGCGGCGGCAAGCUGAAAGGUGGGGAGCUGAACUAUAUCAAGAAGAUGUUGAGUCUGUUGAUGUUAGCAACAGUCCUUUCACUGUGAAAAGUAGUGAACGUAAGGUUAAAUGCCAUAGCAUCAUUCUUGCCACAGGAGCUACUGCGAGAAGACUCAAGUUACCUCGCGAAGAUGAAUUCUGGAGUAGGGGAAUUAGUGCUUGUGCAAUUUGUGAUGGAGCAUCUCCAUUGUUCAAAGGACAAGUUCUUGCUGUUGUUGGAGGUGGUGAUACAGCUACGGAGGAAGCAAUUUAUUUGACUAAAUACGCCCGUCAUGUUCAUUUGCUUGUACGUAAGGACCAACUUAGGGCAUCUAAAGCAAUGCAAGAUAGAGUGUUCAACAAUCCAAAUAUCACUGUGCACUACAAUACAGAGACUGUGGACGUCGUCAGCAAUACUAAAGGGCAGAUGUCUGGUAUUUUGACCAGAAAACUUGAUACUGGGGAGGAAUCUGUUCUCGAGGCAAAAGGCUUGUUCUAUGGCAUUGGUCAUUCGCCAAAUAGCCAACUGGUAGAAGGCCAAGUUGAACUUGACAGUUCAGGUUAUGUGGUAGUUCAGGAAGGUACAGCAAACACGUCCGUGGAAGGUGUCUUUGCCGCUGGAGAUUUGCAGGACCAUGAGUGGAGACAAGCUGUAACUGCUGCUGGAUCCGGUUGUAUUGCUGCUUUAUCAGUUGAGAGAUACCUUGUUGGAAAUGAUCUACUUGUUGAGUUUCAUCAGCCUCCUACUGAAGAAGUUAAGAAGGAACUCACUGAUAGAGAUGUCAAUGAGGGCUUCGACAUUACACUGACAAAGCAUAAGGGCCAGUAUGCUCUACGAAAGUUGUAUCAUGAGAGUCCCAGGCUCAUAUGUGUACUAUACACCUCCCCAACUUGUGGUCCAUGUAGGACUUUGAAGCCAAUCCUCAGCAAGGUAAUUGAUGAAUAUGAUCAAAAUGUGCAUUUUGUUGAAAUUGAUAUUGAGGAAGAUCAAGAAAUAGCAGAAGCAGCUGGAAUUAUGGGUACACCAUGCGUGCAGUUUUUCAAGAACAAGGAGAUGAUCAGGAAUAUACCUGGAGUUAAAAUGAAGAAAGAGUACAGAGAAUUCAUUGAUGCAAAUAAAUGAGGGUGAUGUUGGGGCAAUGCAUCAUCAUUUUGUAAUUCAAUUUUGUUCCUAGAAAAACUUGUUAGCCCAAUAAUGCAUUAUAAUUCUUACAAUGAUACCUUGUAUUGUUCCAUUACAUUGUAGAUUAUACAUGCAUAGCUUCCAAAGGAAAUUUUACUCGUUUCAGUCUCCAAUCUUUGUAUUCCCUUCAAUCUGUACAUUUGACAUGAGCUUUGUCUAUUGUAAUAUUUUCUUGUCUCAUAAAUAGUCAACAUAUUAUUAUUUC